AGGUGAAUCAGAAAAAAGUGCUGUAUGCUGUAUUUACCUCUAAAGUCAGAACAUAGAUCUGGGGAUGAAAGCGAACUGGACUAACAGUAACUGCGCUCCAGUUCGGUUUGAAAGUCAGUCAGACUGGGGUAAAUAUCGUUAGCAGUGCUGGUUAGUAACAAUGCAUUUCCCUUCAUUUUGCACUUUCAAACACCCUGGCAACACGUUCCCUGAAGGGAACCAUAUGUGUUUAAAAUAUCAAUAGAAAGAAAAAUCCCUAAAAGUGCAAAUGAACUGUUUUACUGCAGCUACCAGAAACGUAAGACAGCCAUGUUGGAUUCUGAGGGUGGGGUUGGUGAAACACCAACUCUUGAACUAUUUCUAUUUUAUUGGACCUUUCUGUUAACUUUUCCAACUUGAAAUUUCCACCGCAGAGUAAAACCCGAGAGCAUGAUUAGAUUUGAUCUCUUUUGCACCAUGAUUCAGCGUUACCAGAAGAAAGUUUCUUUCUCCUUUUUUCUUUUCUUCCAACAAACCGAAAUAGCCCAGGUCCUGUUGUCGCACCUUUUUAAAGACUCCGUCAGUAUGGUUCCACUUGGAUAAGUUAGCAUUUGCUGUGAUUGUACUUGUUAGGGAAGGGUUGAGAACCACUCCCUCAGAAGAUUAUAGAAAUCUAAGAAGCAGCCGUCUGUGCUUGUGUACUUUUAGAACCAGACUAUGGAAAAUUCCCAAAUAUUGCCCCUCCUCAAUAAAUUAAGAUCUAAGAAGCCAAGUAAAGAGAGCAGAUCAUAUAAUUUGAUUGCUGUAUUUACUUGCUCUCUACAGCACUACCUUACCCACCUCGAACGCAGCAUGAACUUUGAUUGGAUUAUUUCUGUUUCAGAGUUCAGGGGGAGGGACCUGGAUUUGAUAGCUGUACUCUCUUUGAACGAUCUCUCAGCUUUCCUGGACUGAGCUCACUGAAAUGGCUGUUUUUCACCUUCUUCUGGGUUUGCUCGGAAAAGCCCUGUUGCUGCUCUCCUGUCUCCUCUUCGUCGCCUUUCUGGGUUACUGCUUGUACCUUUGGCACGUUCACGCGAAAUAUGACCACAUACCAGGGCCACCGAGGGACAGCUUCUUCCUUGGCCAUUCACCAACAAUGCUGAAGAUUAUGAAAAAAGAUGGAAUAGUGCAUGACAAAUUCCUGGAAUGGUCUGAGACCUACGGACACGUUUACAGGCUGAAUUUUCUGCAUUACGUUACUAUAUGUGUCACCUGUCCAGAGGCAACAAAGGAAAUCCUCAUGUCCCCAAAGUACACUAAGGAUAAAUUGGUCUACAAGAGACUCUUUAAUCUCUUUGGUCAAAGGCUUUUUGGCAACGGCCUGAUAACAGCUCGGGAUCAUGAGAUGUGGUACAAGCAGCGCCGGAUCAUGGACCCUGCCUUCAGCAGCUUGUAUUUAAGAGGCCUAAUGGGGACCUUCAACGAAAGAGCAGAGAAACUGAUGGAUCGGCUCUCAGAGUUGUCGGAUAGGAACAUGGAGGCCAACAUGCUUCAGCUUGUUAACUGCGUCACACUUGAUGUCAUCGCUAAGGUUGCGUUUGGCAUGGAGUUAGACCUCUUGAAAUAUACUUCACCUUUCCCCAAGGCCAUCGAGACGUGUCUAAGAGGGAUGGUGCACUACGUCAGAGACGCCACGUUUGAGUACUAUCCCAGGAACAGAAAGUUCGUUAAUGAAGUGAGGGAAGCUUGUCGCUUGCUGCGCACAACCGGAGCUCAGCUGAUCCAGAAGAGGAAGGUUGCCAUGCAAAACGGAGAGGACGUUCCAAAGGACAUUCUCACGCAGAUCAUCAAGACUGCUGCCACAGAGGAAAUCAUGACUGAAGAAGACGAGGAGUUCAUGUUGGACAAUUUUGUAACAUUUUUCAUUGCUGGUCAGGAAACUACAGCCAAUCAACUAGCGUUUUGCAUCAUGGAACUUGGAAGACAUCCUGAAAUCCUGGAGAAGGCAAAGAAAGAAGUGGACGAUGUCAUUGGGAUGAAACAAGAAAUAAGCAACGAUGACCUUGGGAAGCUGAUCUAUCUCUCGCAGGUGCUGAAAGAGACUCUGAGGAUCUACCCGACUGCUCCAGGAACAUCCCGGGACAUAGAGGAGGACAUGAUGAUCGAUGGUGUCCACAUACCUGGGGGGGUCAGCUGUAUGUUUAGCAGCUAUACCACUGGGAGAAUGGAGAAAUUCUUCAAGGAGCCUAUGAAAUUUGAUCCAGACAGAUUUGAUCCAGAUGCUCCAAAGCCUUAUUACUGCUACUAUCCCUUUGCCCUCGGUCCACGGUCAUGCCUGGGUCUGAACUUUGCUCAGAUGGAGGCUAAAGUGGUGAUGGCGAAGCUGCUCCAGAGGUUCGAUUUCACCCUCGUCCCGGAUCAGACCUUUGACAUCCAGGACACCGGCACGCUGAGGCCAAAGAGUGGCGUGAUCUGCACCGUCAGACACAGGAAAUACAAAAACUAAGCAGUUUUAAAGCUUUACAACGCAAGUCACAGUGGUCCUUGUGGUAAAACUGCAUCGCUUUCUAGGUUUACAGUCUUGUCUAAGCCAGAAUAUGCUCAUGUAGAACGACAAAUGUAUGUAUUUUUCAUUUGAUCGUGCUUAUAACAAUCUUUUAUCUUGUCAUUUACGUUUCGAGUGAUGUUGCUAAUCAAAAUGACUUGCAAAGUUUAUUUUGGGUGCAUUAUACUCUAACACGCAAUCAGUUGUUACAGAGAAUAUCAUUUGACCAUUGCUGGCAAUCUACACAUGGGGGCGCUGUGAUCUCUUCAAAUAAAAGCUUUGGUUUGACCGUACAGGAAGCUGAAACUCCAUUAGAAAAAUGUAUGCUGUGGUUGAACAUCACAACUUGUGCUUGUUCUGCUCAGUCUAAACUAAAAUCACAGCUCCUGCUACGUUCUCAGGAGACGUAAUUGUGACUUGUUUUUCACAAAUGUGUGGCAAAAGCUGUGUGAAACCAAAGAUUAAAUUAUUCUGUCACUUUUCCCCCUUGAGACAACACAACC